GGGAAAAGGCUCUUCCGUUCUUUUCCGGGUCGAGGAAGUUAGCACACCCGAGACUGAGAGCUAGCGGGCCCGACUUCUCCAUCUACAACAAAAGAAAAACGCCCACAAAGAAAAGCAAAGUCGGACAUUUAAAACACAACAUUCCCGCGUAUCGCCCUGUAACUACAUGACACAGCGAUGCCGGGGCUCAGCUGUCGAUUCUACCAGCACCGGUUCCCAGAAGUGGAGGACGUGGUGAUGGUAAACGUGCGGUCCAUCGCCGAGAUGGGCGCCUACGUCAGCCUGCUGGAGUACAACAACAUCGAGGGCAUGAUCCUCCUGAGCGAGCUGUCGCGUCGGCGUAUCCGUUCCAUCAACAAGCUCAUCCGCAUUGGACGCAACGAGUGCGUGGUCGUCAUCCGAGUAGACAAAGAGAAGGGAUACAUUGACUUAUCAAAACGAAGAGUUUCACCAGAAGAGGCCAUCAAGUGUGAAGAUAAAUUCACCAAAUCUAAAACUGUGUACAGCAUCCUGCGACACGUGGCGGAGGUGCUGGAGUACACUAAGGACGAGCAGCUAGAGAGCCUGUACCAGCGCACCGCCUGGGUGUUCGACGAGAAGUACAAGCGGCCGGGAUACGGAGCUUAUGAUGUCUUCAAGCAGGCCGUGUCAGAUCCCGCCAUCCUGGACUGUCUGGACCUAACGGAAGAGGAGAGAGCGGUGCUGAUCGACAACAUCAACAGGCGACUCACUCCACAGGCCGUCAAAAUCAGAGCAGACAUUGAGGUGGCGUGUUACGGGUAUGAGGGCAUCGAUGCAGUGAAGGAGGCUCUGAGGGCCGGACUGGGCUGCUCCACAGAGGCCAUGCCCAUCAAGAUCAACCUGAUCGCUCCCCCUCGCUACGUGAUGACGACGACGACUUUGGAGCGCACAGAGGGUUUGUCUGUCCUCAACCAAGCCAUGGCCGCCAUCAAGGAGAAGAUCGAAGAGAAGCGAGGCGUCUUUAACAUUCAGAUGGAGCCUAAGGUGGUGACGGACACGGAUGAGACAGAGCUCGCCCGGCAGCUGGAGCGGUUAGAACGGGAGAACGCCGAGGUGGACGGAGACGACGACGCCGAGGAGAUGGAGGCCAAAGCAGAGGACUAGAGUCGGUCCUCGUCCGAAGGCGGCUGGUGUGGGGGAGGGAGAGGAGAAAAGGAAAACGUGGACAAGACCUGGCCACAGUCACUCAGUUCGACAGAUGUUAACUUUCACAUUGCAAAACGUUACCUGGUGAUAAAAGUUCAUUGGCAAACAUCCAGGUUUGUUCAUCAGCAGGUUUGUCUCAGUGGAUGGUCACUCCAAAAAAAAAAACGUCUUUCUCGUUAAAUUACAAAUUACUCAUAAUUGAUGUAGUUUCUAUUUUUCAACUACACCGAUUUGAAUAAAUGAUAACUUCCCCCCCCCCCCCCCCCCAAAAAAAAGGCUGUACACAAAGCAGUGGCAUUCACCUGCGUCUUGCUGUUAAGAGCCCGGCGUGUCUCCGUGUCCACGGCGCUUCAUCUCUGUCUGGUCACCGGAUGUGGUUUAUCGAUCGAAGGGGGGGGGGCAGUCUGCGCAUUAUGUAACUGUUUCUCUCCCAGUUGAAGGGUUUUUACUGGCAAGACCUGCUCUUGUUCCGCUCACAUGGCAUCAAUCAAUAAAGCUCUGGAAGUUUUGAUCUCAA